AUUGUUUUUCUCAGAUUUGGGGCUUGUUUGUUUCCCAGAUCUAUUUAACUUCCUAGCUAUUGGCUGGCCUCCAUGUGGGGUGCCCUGUCUUAUUAUAUUUCUGAUACACAGAAGAUAGAAUCCUCCUUCUGCUCAAGGCCAAGAGAUAGUAGCUUUGUCCCUGCACAAUGCCUGCCUACUUUCAUAGCUGUGCUUCUUUUUCCGGGAAAUUAAAGAGGCAGGAGUGUUUGAGGGAAUGGGAAACUGCUCCUCACACCCUUGCUACAUGGAAUAACUUGAAAAAAAGUGAUCGAAAGAAACUAAGGAAAUUCUCAAGUGAAACCAAGAGUCUGUAAGCCCUGGCACCUCUUCCCAGAGAAGAUGAAGGAUAUUGACAUAGGAAAAGAAUAUAUCAUCCCCAGCCCUGGUUACAGAAACGUCCGGGAGAGAACCAGCAAUUCGGGGCAACAGAGGGACCGAGAGGACUCCAAGUACAAGAGAACUCAACUGCUGGAUUGCCAGGAUGCCUUGGAAACAGCAGCCCGAGCUGAGGGCCUUUCGCUGGAUGCCUCCAUGCAUUCCCAGCUCAGAAUCCUGGAUGAGGAACAUCCCAAGGGAAAAUACCAUCAUAGCUUAAGCGCUCUGAAGCCCAUCCGGACCACUUCCAAACACCAGCACCCAGUGGACAAUGCUGGGCUCUUCUCGUGUAUGACGUUUUCUUGGCUUUCUCCUCUGGCUCGCAUAGCCCACAGGAAGGGGGAGCUCUUAAUGGAGGACGUGUGGUCUCUGUCCAAGCAUGAGUCUUCCGAGGUGAACUGCAGAAGACUAGAGAGGCUGUGGCAAGAGGAGCUGAAUGAAGUCGGGCCAGACGCUGCUUCCCUCCGGAGGGUUGUGUGGACCUUCUGCCGUACCAGGCUCAUCCUCUCCAUCGUGUGCCUGAUGAUCACGCAGCUGGCUGGCUUCAGUGGACCAGUAAGUCCUAACCAUCCUUUCUGACAGUCUCCAGGGACCCGGCCGUGGCCAGCUCUAACCUUCUUGUUCUGUUGCAGGGGUUGCGCUCACCUUUGGGCUAGUUAGCGGCCUUAGAGAUGCCUCCAGGUCUGUUGAAAGGGAACAGUUGUUGUUGGGGUGAAUGGUGGUUUCUCAGAAGUGGAAGGACGAGGGGGCUAUGUCGACAGAGAAGAAGUGGAACCAGCUUGCUCUCCUGGGGUUGGGGGUGAAGCUGAACGAGGCCGGCUCUGCACAGGGCCGUGCUGCUCUGCUGCUUGUUGACAUGUACUGAUGGUCCUGGUUUGGGAAAUGGGUCUUGUGGCACCAGGAGUGGGCGAGAGCAGUGUUUUGUGGCGUAGGCUGUUGAGUUGGUACUGGUGACACACUGAACGUCUGGGACCAGAGGUGUCACGUGUUUGAUGGCUCUUCUGGCACAUGAGUCCUCAAGAAACUGGAGGCGUGUUGAGGUUUCUAGAGUCUAACCUAAAAUCCGUUUUAAGUUUCGGUUUAUAGUGUAAACCUGUGUGGCAGGUGUUGGGUGGCAGCCCUGGUUUUCCUGGUGUUGCCAAAGCAGAAUAGGGGACAAGAGCAACAUUCACACUGGGUUCUGGACACCUUUUUCUUACACCUGCUGUGCUGCCUUACACUUGAGACUUUGAUUAAAUCUAUUCUCUACAUAUUUGCCUUGAGGCAUCGGAGCAGUAGUACUCUGUUUUCUGUGCAUUUUCCCUCUGUGGGUAAGCUGGAGGUUCAUGGUUUGGUAAGUAUGGGCGUAAGAUGCAUGGUAAUUAGGUAAAACUAAUUUGCAGUUUUUCUGUGGUGGUUUUUUUUUUUUCCAAUUUGUUUGUUUGUCUGUCUUUGUUUUUAAGUGUUUGAUGCCUUUUAAAAGUUUUGAUCUCUUUUCUGAAGCAGAGAGCACUACUUGGGUUCCUUAUUAAUUGACCAACUAACACACUUUUGUAUAAGUUUUCGAUAAGAGGGACUUUGUAACUGAGUAUCAUAUCACUGACCAAAAUGGCCAAACGUUUUCGUAGGACCAGCUUCCCCCAAGAAGAGCUUCUGUCAUUGUUUCACUACAGGGCUGGUGGCUGCUCUGAUCUUGUGAAGAAUUCUUUCAGCUGGGUAGCACGGUAUACAGGCUUUCUUGAUUCCAUUUGGCCAGUGCAAGAAUUUCAUUGGCUCCUCCCACCUCCCCCCCUCCCCCCAAAUUCCAUGUAGUGCUGGGAUUUUCAUUUUUGACCUGGGGAGGAAAGUUACUUAGGCUUGUUCAGCUUGGGGACCUUACAGUCACUCCCUUGAGCAUCCACAUAGCCCUUCAUCUCCUAAGGCACAGCGCACUGGAAUACUAAUCUCUAAUAGACUUUUCUAGGUGCCAGGGAAAGCUGAGAGUCUUCCUUUAAGAGGAAAACAGUGCACGCUUUUCCUUCUUUCUACCCUCUUGGGGAAGGGCACCUUAAGGCCUGUGUUAUUUCAGGAGUUUUCCCCCAAGAACAUCAAGAAAGCAGUGGUCCCAUCCGUGAUCUCUCCGAAGAACAAAAAAGAUUUCAAACUGUAGACAAUGCAAACUUCUUGUUUUGGAGCUCCAAUUCUAACAAACGUCUUUUUGAUUGGAAAUUGAAGAAUCAGGCCACGUUUGAGAUUGGUACUAGCAAUGGGCAUAACUUCCAUCUAUGGAUUUAAAUCCUUUGGAGGAACAUCCAUUUUAGAUUUUUGCAGAUGUCCUCAUGUGGCAGGGCUUUCCAAGUGGCUUGGUCUGUUCUUCCAGAAAUCUGCGUAAGAACUGAUUCCCCAUAUAUCAUAUUUUUUUUAAUCUCCCCAGGCCUCCCGAAACCUUGGUAGCCAAAUGAAACACAGUCAAGUGACUGUGUUUUGUUUCGUUUUUUUUAACUGCUGGCCCUCUGAGGCUGGACGUUUCUGCACCAGAUAAUCGAAGGUUUCAGUGAUGCCAGUGGACCAGCACUCUGUGCUCGGAGUCCAAGGAUCCCCAUAGUGUUAAUGGAAUCUCUAAGGGUGUGGUCCUGACCUAUGAGUGGCCAAAUUGUUAACCCUGGAGAGAUGAUUUGUGGCCUUCUUGAAAUAAAACAGUUUGAAAAGACCAGGCCUGACCUCUGAUCUGUGUGUAAAGAAUUAGCAUCCGCCCUGUAGAUCUGCAAGAGAAGGCUCCCUCCUGCAGUGCUAUCUCUUGGUGAAUGCUAACUCUGCUCACGGGCCUUUUGGGGAAAGGACAGUGAAAAGCCUCUAGAGAGGUAAGUUUCCCACCCUUCCAACCUCUCUCCAGCUGCAGCUUGCUUGGUGCUGUCAGAAUCUGGAUUUGGGGGGAGUGUCUCUGUAGUGGAACCAGUGACAGAAGCUGUUCUUUAGAAUUUUCAGGAUGGCUGUAUUCUGCGGUCAGAAUGAGAGAGUCAAGCUGGGCAGAAUCUCUCGCCAAGAGUUCAGGUAAGGUAAAGUUUAUUCACUGGGAAUGCUUUCCACAGCCAGACAGCUAUGCUGACAAUCUCGAGUUUUCUCCCAGUUUGUUUAAAUUUAAAUGAUGCAUUUGUAACCUUUUAAAACUCAAUUUGGGUUGGAUUUUUCAUGAAAACCUUUUUUUUUCAAUCCCCCUGUAUCCCAUACAAAAUGGUUUGAAAUGUAAUUGUUUUUUUAAAAACCCUGUGUGUUGGAAAUUCUUUAAUCUGCUGUUUCCUCUCCCCCCCCCGAAAAUUUUGCACAGUGUAAAGCAUUCGUUCUGUCUUUUACCUUCCCCUGCUCCUCCCCCCUGGGAGGUUCUAAUGCUAUUACCCGGUGCUGAAAAAUGGCACAAUAAAGGUUAUGGGAAGGAAGGAACCCCAAACUACAACCUGCUGUCCUUUCACGCCUUCCUUUGGAGACUGCUCCGUCAGUGCCGAGGUGUGUGAGAAAAGGCUUUACCGCGCCACCAUCUUUCUGAGUUGCUUCACGGGAGGAAAAUGGGGUUUUGACCCUGCCAUUCAGUGACUCAGUUCCACAUUUUGGAUUGCUUCCUGGAAAAGAAGCCAAUCUUCUUGCUAGGAAACCAACAACCCGGCCGUAUGCAGUGGUGACCCAAACAGUGGAUAUAAAACCUAAAAGUCUGAGGGAGGGGAGAGAUUGGGAUACAGUAGUUCCUGGAGUCUGAAGUCUCCUAGUUAUUUGAUCAGGUUAUUUACUGAGAUUUGACCUAAAUCUGAUUGGGGGAGCGGGAUCUCUUAGGAUCUAGUCAACAUCUGGUAUUAAUUUCCUCUCAGGAAAAACAAGAAAUACUGAUUCACCCGGGGACCGUCUGGGUUCUGGAAUUCAGCGUUAGUUGCUUCAGGACAAUUGCUUCUGGCCCCCAUUUUUGUCUGUCACUCAAGUGCUGGUUUCCAGCUACAGUCCCCUUUGCUAUAAAGGAUCGAAGUAGAUGGGUGGAUGGGUUCCUCCUUAAUUUUAUUUUCUUCCUUCUGGGAGGGGGAUUGGCUUGGCUUUCUUUUGUGGUGGUUUGUUUUGUUUCAUUUUUGGCAAAAUCAACGUUAGCUGCAAGGACUCAAAAAGACUCUGAAGGAUGCCACCGGUUUUCCCUUGAGGCCUAGAUUUUUGUCUUCCAUCCGGAGCAGAGGUCACUCCUGACAGCCUAGUGAACGAAUAGCGCCAGUGAUUUUAAGCAGAGCCACCUCUUUGGGGAGUGUUUCAUUUUUUUUUUUUUUUUUUUUUAAAUUCUCUUUCCUUAGCAGCAAGGUCUUUAUUCCUGGAGAAUUUCCUCUAUUGCAGACUCACUGCAACCUCAGGAGCCCUAACCGAUUAAGUGCUGUCAGCUUGAUGCGCUACUCCGGACUCUGGAAACAGAUACUGGUUCUAUGCUGUAUUUCCACUGUGUGUAGUUAAAACGACGGUCGAGGCCAGAUGACCUGUUAGCUGGCUAGUCCUGUAUAACUCGACUCUGUAUGUUCCCAUGUAUGUUAUCGCAAUGCUCCUCCUGUUGUACAGUGUCUGUGAGAUGCUCUUUGAAGAUGGUACUUUUUUUUUUUCGUUUUCAAUAAAAGUACAUUACCUCCCACUUCCUGGUAUUUAAUCCUGUUGCUGAAUGUGCCUUGUGUGAGUGUGUGCUCCGGCGUUGCAGGACCUCAGAGCUGGAGGUGGCACUCGGUGGUUCUUGGGGGCUGGCUGCCUUCCCGCCCUGCAGGUGGUGGUAGACAUGUGCCUGAGGUAACAUGUUUUUGUUUUUGGGAGGGAGCGGGGCGUGGGGGAGGGCCCGAGGGAGGGUCUCUGGAUUGUGGAUAGGCUGCUUUGUUUGCUCUCUUCUGUACUAUUAAACUGCUGAUGUUUAUUUUCAGGAAUGUUUUGCAAAUGCACUUCUCACUCUUCCCCAGUCCAACUGUAGGUACACUGUUCCUUUUUAUCAAAUAAGCACGUUUGAAACGAUCCAAAAAAAAAAAAAAGGUCUUAAUUUCAUGUAAAGAAAUGUAUCAUUGUGUGGAGAUACUGGAAUAAGGUCACCUAGAUACUUUUUAAUGACUGUGUGUUGAGAAUGAAUUUCAGCUCAUGGACAGGUUUAUGUUACAUUAGAAAGAGUAAUGGUGUUGGUGGUGUCCAGAAGGAAGCAAGUUUCCAAUUAGACCUCCCUCUUGUAAAAUGCCCUGCGUAAAUUGCCGCAGGCGGGCCGUCCGCAAUAUUUGGUCCUCCGAGAAGGUCUUUCUCCGCUUAGGCACUUGUCAUUGUACAGUGGAGCGGCCUCCUCUUUCUAACUUAACAUAAAACUGGCGUGGUGUGUGGGUGCUGUGGAGAGGCUGACGGCGGUGUGUGUUUCUCCCUAUAGGCCUUCGUGGUGAAACACCUCCUGGAGUACACCCAGGACACAGAGUCUAACCUCCAAUACAGUUUGCUAUUAGUCCUGGGCCUCCUGCUGACAGAAAUCGUGCGUUCUUGGUCACUUGCACUGACUUGGGCGUUGAAUUACCGAACCGGGGUCCGCUUGCGGGGGGCUAUCCUGACCAUGGCGUUUAAGAAGAUCCUUAAGCUGAAGAACAUUAAGGAGAAGUCCGUGGGUGAGCUCAUCAACCUGUGCUCCAAUGAUGGGCAGAGGAUGUUCGAGGCAGCCGCCGUUGGCAGCUUGUUGGCUGGAGGACCCGUUAUUGCCAUCCUGGGCAUGGUUUAUAAUGUAAUUAUUCUGGGACCAACAGGCUUCCUGGGAUCAGCUGUUUUUAUCCUCUUUUAUCCUGCAAUGAUGUUUGUGUCACGGAUCACUGCAUAUUUCAGGAGAAAAUGUGUGACCAUCACAGAUGACCGUGUCCAAAAGAUGAAUGAAGUCCUUACCUACAUUAAAUUUAUUAAAAUGUAUGCCUGGGUCAAAGCAUUCUCUCAGAGUGUGCAAAAAAUCCGAGAGGAGGAACGUCGGAUGUUGGAAAAGGCUGGGUACUUUCAGAGCAUCACGGUUGGUGUGGCUCCCAUUGUCAUGGUGAUUGCCAGCGUGGUGACCUUCUCUGUUCACAUGACCCUUGGCUUUGAUCUGACAGCAGCACAGGCUUUCACAGUGGUGACUGUCUUCAAUUCCAUGACUUUUGCUUUGAAAGUUACACCGUUCUCAGUAAAGUCCCUCUCAGAAGCAUCCGUCGCUGUCGACAGAUUUAAGCUUCCUUCCACUGUAUAGCCUGAUGUGUUUUGCUACGUGAGUGUACGCCCUAGGCUUGUCUCCCUGGUCUUGAUCCAGUGUCCCAUCUUUGCACCUCUCUCACAACUCCUAUCAGAGUUUGUUUCUAAUGGAAGAGGUUCACAUGAUAAAGAAAAAACCAGCCAGCCCUCACAUCACGAUAGAGAUGAAAAAUGCCACCUUGGCAUGGGACUCCUCCCACGCCAGUAUCCAGAACUCACCCAAGCUGACCCCUAAAACGAAAAAAGACAAGAGGGCUGCCAGGGGCAAGAAAGAGAAGGUGAGGCAGCUGCAGCGCACUGAGCAUCAGGCGGUGCUGGCAGAGCAGAAGGGCCACCUCCUUCUGGACAGUGACGAGCGGCCUAGUCCCGAGGAGGAAGAAGGCAAGCACAUCCACCUGGGGAACCUGCGCCUGCAGAGGACGCUGUACAACAUCGACUUGGAAAUCGAAGAGGGUAAGCUGGUUGGAAUCUGUGGCAGUGUGGGAAGUGGAAAAACUUCUCUCAUUUCAUCCGUUUUAGGCCAGAUGACACUUCUAGAGGGCAGCAUUGCAGUCAAUGGAACCUUCGCCUAUGUGGCCCAGCAGGCCUGGAUCCUCAAUGCCACUCUGAGAGACAACAUCCUCUUUGGGAAGGAAUUUGAUGAAGAAAGAUACAACUCUGUGCUGAACAGCUGCUGCCUAAGGCCUGACCUGGCCAUUCUUCCCAACAGUGACCUGACGGAGAUUGGCGAGCGAGGAGCCAACCUGAGUGGUGGGCAGCGCCAAAGGAUCAGCCUCGCCCGGGCCUUGUACAGUGACCGAGACAUCUACAUCCUGGAUGAUCCCCUCAGUGCCUUAGAUGCCCACGUGGGCAACCACAUCUUCAACAGUGCCAUCCAGAAGCACCUCAAGUCUAAGACGGUUCUGUUCAUCACCCACCAGUUACAGUACCUGGCUGACUGUGAUGAAGUGAUCUUCAUGAAAGAGGGCUGUAUUACAGAAAGAGGCACCCAUGAGGAACUGAUGAAUCUAAAUGGUGAUUACGCUACCAUUUUUAAUAACCUGUUGCUGGGAGAGACACCCCCAGUUGAGAUUAAUUCAAAAAAGGAGACCAGUGGUUCACAGAAAAAAACACAAGACAAGGGUCCUAAAACAGGAUCAGUAAAGAAGGAGAAAACAGUGAAGCCAGAAGAAGGGCAGCUCGUGCAAAUGGAAGAAAAGGGGCAGGGUUCCGUGCCCUGGUCAGUAUACGGUGUCUACAUCCAGGCUGCUGGGGGCCCCUUGGCAUUUCUGGUCAUUCUGUCCCUUUUCAUGCUGAACGUGGGCAGCACUGCCUUCAGCAACUGGUGGUUGAGCUACUGGAUCAAGCAAGGAAGUGGGAACACCACAGUGACUCAAGAAAACAGGACGUCUGUGAGCAACAGCAUGAAGGACAAUCCUUUAAUGGAGUACUAUGCCAGCAUCUAUGCCCUCUCCAUGGCAGUCAUGCUGAUCCUGAAAGCCGUUCGUGGAGUGGUCUUUGUCAAGGGCACAUUGCGAGCCUCCUCCCGGCUCCACGAUGAGCUUUUCCGAAGGAUCCUUCGAAGCCCUAUGAAGUUUUUUGACACGACCCCCACGGGGAGGAUUCUCAACAGGUUUUCCAAAGACAUGGAUGAAGUCGAUGUGCGCCUGCCGUUCCAGGCUGAGAUGUUCAUCCAGAAUGUCAUCCUGGUGUUCUUCUGUGUUGGAAUGAUCGCAGGAGUUUUCCCGUGGUUCCUUGUGGCGGUGGGGCCCCUUGGCAUCCUCUUUUCACUUUUGCACAUGGUCUCCAGGGUCCUGAUCCGAGAGCUGAAGCGUCUGGACAACAUCACACAGUCACCUUUCCUCUCCCACAUCACAUCCAGCAUACAGGGCCUGGCCACCAUCCAUGCCUACAACAAAGGGCAGGAAUUUCUGCACAGGUACCAGGAGCUCCUGGAUACCAACCAGAGUCCUUUCUUCUUGUUCACGUGUGCCAUGCGGUGGCUGGCAGUGCGGCUGGACCUGAUCAGCAUUGCCCUGAUCACCACCACCGGGCUGAUGAUUGUUCUCAUGCACGGGAAGAUUCCCCCAGCCUACGCGGGGCUUGCCAUCUCCUACGCAGUCCAGUUAACAGGGCUGUUCCAGUUUACUGUCCGGCUGGCAUCCGAGACAGAAGCUCGCUUCACCUCAGUGGAGAGGAUCAACCACUACAUCAAGACUCUCUCUUUGGAAGCACCUGCCAGAAUUAAGAACAAGGCUCCCUCCUCUGACUGGCCCCAGGAAGGAGAGGUGACCUUUGAGAAUGCAGAGAUGAGGUACCAAGAAAAUCUCCCCCUGGUUCUGAAGAAAGUGUCCUUCACCAUCAAACCCAAGGAGAAGAUUGGCAUCGUGGGACGGACGGGAUCGGGAAAGUCCUCUCUGGGGAUGGCCCUCUUCCGCCUGGUGGAGUUAUCUGGAGGCUGCAUCAAGAUCGACGGCGUGAGAAUCAGUGACAUUGGCCUGGCUGACCUCCGGAGCAAACUCUCCAUCAUUCCCCAAGAGCCAGUGCUGUUCAGUGGCACCGUCAGAUCAAAUUUGGAUCCCUUCAACCAGUACGCUGAAGACCAGAUCUGGGAUGCCCUAGAAAGGACACACAUGAAAGAAUGUAUUGCUCAGCUACCUCUGAAACUUGAAUCCGAAGUGAUGGAGAAUGGGGAUAACUUCUCCGUGGGGGAGCGGCAGCUCUUGUGCAUAGCUAGAGCCCUGCUCCGUCACUGUAAGAUUCUGAUCCUAGAUGAAGCCACAGCUGCCAUGGACACGGAGACAGACUUACUGAUCCAAGAGACCAUCCGAGAAGCGUUUGCCGACUGCACCAUGCUGACGAUUGCCCAUCGCCUCCAUACAGUCCUAGGCUCUGAUAGGAUUAUGGUGCUGGCCCAGGGGCAGGUGGUGGAGUUCGACACCCCAUCAGUCCUUCUGUCCAAUGACAGCUCCCGGUUCUAUGCCAUGUUUGCUGCUGCCGAGAACAAGAUCGCUGUCAAGGGCUAACCCUCCCGCUGCCACCCAAGUCUGUUGUCUUUGGAGCAUUGCCAUUCCCUGCCUGGGGCGGGCCCCUCAUCUGUCCUCCUGCCGAAACCUUGCCUUUCCCGAUUUUCUCUUUCGCACAGCAGUUCAGGAUUGGCUUGUGUGUUUCACUUUUAGGGAGAGUCCUAUUUUGAUUAUUGUAUUUAUUCCAUAUUCAUGUAAACAAAAAUUUAGUUUUUGUUCUUAAUUGCACUCUAAAAGGUUCAGGGAACCGUUAUUAUAUAUGUAUCAGAGGCCUAUAAUGAAGCUUUAUACGUGUAGCUAUUCUAUAUAUAAUUCUGUACAUAGCCUAUAUUUCCAGUGAAAAUGUAAGCCGUUUAUUUUAUAUUAAAAUAAGCACUGUGCUCAGAACAGUGCAGAUUCCUUUCUAUCAUUUUUGUACAGUCUGCUGCACUAGAGAUCUGGUUUUGCUAUUAGACUGUAGGAAGGGUAGCAUAUUGUUCUUCCCCAGCUGGUUGUUUCACGGUGCCGGGUUUUCUGGGUGUCCAAAAGGAAGACGAGUGGCAACAGCGGGGGGGUGGGGGGGACCCCCCAGCAGCCCCCCUGCUGCCUCCCAACAGCCAUUCCAAUGUGGAGUGGAGUGGAGGCCGUGCAGAGCGCCGUGAAUUCUCAGGGCUCCUGCUUUCUGUCCUGUUGUCACUUCACUGUUUCUGUCGGGAGAGCCGUGGGACAAAGUCCCGGACCCCUCUCUUCCCUCCCUCCCUCGGGAAUGAGAAUCACAGAAGCAUUCCUGGCGAGGGGGAAGGGUCCUUCCUGCCUUCCUCUUUUUUUUGCCCUUGUUUCUCAACAAGCAUCAAGUCUGUUCACAGAGUGUCCCACUGCCUCAGGGUCCUAACGCGGGCCACUGCACAGAGGCCUCCGGCUCCUAGACCCGUCGGCUCCAAGCCCUGGAGCCAACCGCUGCUUUUCUCAGUGGUACGUCUUUGUUUGCCUGGUCCCACGCCCGCACAGUUCAGUGACAGGGUUCAGGAUUUUGUGGGUCUGUUUUCCUUUCUCCCUGCAGUUGCCGCCCAGUCUCUUCCUCUCUCCAGAGUCUGCGACUUGAAGCAGCUCUUGCUAAUCAGUGUCUGACACUGGUGUAGAAGUUUUUUGUACUGUAAAGAGACCUACCUCAGGUUGCUGAUUGCCGUGUGGUUCGGUGUGUUCUCGCAAACCCCGUUUGUGCUGUGGGGCCAGUAGCUCAGGUGGGCGUGGUCGCUGCUGUCAUCUGUCGAAUGGUCAGCGUUGCAUGUCGUGACCAACUAGACAUUCUGUCGCCUUAGCAUGUUUGCUGAACACUUGUGGAAGCAAAAAUCUGAAAAAGUGAAUAAAAUUAUUUUGGAUUUUCUAAAA